UUCGCACGCCAUGAGUCUUCAAUCUUCAGCCCGUGCUCUGCAGCGCUCCUUCUUGCGCCAAUCUCCAGUCGCCCAGGCAUGCCGUCAACAACUCCGUCACCUCUCGUCGCGACCCUCGUCGGCAUUCCCGCCUCUCCUCCGCACUUCUACACAUCUCAUUCCCGCCUUCCAACUACAACAGCGACGAUGUGAAUCAACAGCAAGGCCUUUGACCGACCGUCCCGACCAACUUCCAAAGGUCGAACCGCGAGAGGAGGUGCCUUCAUAUGAAAUGACCUUCACUUGCAAGGCAUGCUCUACCCGUUCUUCACACCGCAUGUCCAAGCAAGGCUACCACCAUGGAACCAUCUUGAUCACAUGUCCGGGCUGCAAGAACAGACACCUUAUCGCCGACCACCUGAAGAUCUUCUCCGACAAGGCCAUCACCUUGGAAGACAUUCUUGCGCAAAAAGGCCAGCUCCUCAAGAAGGGUGCCCUGGACUCUGAGAGUGACAUGGAGUUCUGGGACGACGGUACUCAGACCGAACAUACAAAGAAGCCUUGA